AUGGGUAUCUCUUUUAAGGUUUCGAAGGUCGGCAGAAAGUUCCAGCCUAGGAUUUCUACUGAAUCUCCUACUCCUGACUCUCCGGAACUACCGAAUUCGAAAGCAAUCGUUCUAUCUGAGAAGGCCAUUGUUGAAAGCCAUGGUGGUGACGUUUCUGGGUUUUCGCAGCUAUCUUUACCUGAUGUAUCUCCAGGUCAUGAAGUUUCCUUCAUAUUGAGCCUCUAUCCGAGUGGGUACUCUGUAGGCAAACCGUCUGAGACUGUGCAACAGAUAUCGUUUCGAGAUGCUCCAAAGGUCUUGCAUCCGUAUGAUAGGGCAGCAGAGAGUCUACUUUCGGGUAUUGAGGCUGGCAGACUUCCUGGGGACAUUUUGGAAGAUAUACCUUGCAAAUUUGUGGAUGGGGUGGUCAUAUGUGAGGUGCAUGACUAUCGGAAACAUACCCCAGAGCAAGUCUCUCCUGUGAUUAAUAAAUUGAGCCUUAAGAUGUCACUUGAGAAUGUGGUUAAAGAUAUUCCAUCAAUGUCAGACAACUCGUGGACAUAUGGUGAUCUCAUGGAAGUGGAAUCCAGAAUACUAAAAGCCCUACAACCUGAACUUUGUCUAGAUCCUGUACCCAGACUUGAUAGGCUGAGUAAAAACCCUGUGUCUGCUAAGCUCAAUUUGUCUCUUUCUACUUUGCGGAGAAAGAGAUUAAGGCAAAUGACAGAAGUGACAGUCAUGUCUCAGAACAAAGUUCAGGGGAAAAAGGUUUGCAUUGAUCGGCUUCCUGAAAGUUCAGAGCGAGGAAAUAUGCCAGGACAUUUGUUAAUGCAGCAAAACCAUAACAAUCAGGCUAUUCAAAAUCCUGGUACUAAUAUUCUAGCGGGAUUGAGAACUCAGACCAUGCAAGAUGCGCCAAAUUCUUCACUGCCCUUGGUACCACCUCAGCAACAAAGGUAUAUGGGACCUGGAAAUAUAAGAAACAUGCAGGAUCAAGGACCAAAUUCGGUCAGUGUCUCUGGAGCUUCACCUGGACCUGGAGGACUAGAUGCGAUGUUGUCUUAUACCUCUGAUAGUAUGAACCCCGGGACAUCUUUUAAUAGAAAGAGAGAAAGUCAAGAAGGACAAAUGUCUUCUAUGCCUGGUUUGAAGCGGACAAGGGUUUCACACAUGGGUCCUGAUGGGGUUCCACAGCAACAGGCAGGGCAACGAAUGGAUGGCCUUCAUGGAACCGAUACAAGCUGGAAAAAUGCGCUUCUACAACAGCAAGACAUGCUAGGGAGAAGUAUUCAGUAUCCAAAUGCAGGUAAUAUUCAGAGGUUUUCACCACAGCAAAUUGAAGGGGUUAUGAAUCAGGAAAGUGGUCCCAUGCAAUUUCCAGCUUCACAACAGGGGGCAAUGAGAUACACUUCGAAAGAGGAGCCAUUUGAGACUGGUAAUAUCAGAAACAAUAUGCCGGGGGUAGGAAGUGAUGCAAAUGAUUUGGAUCCGCGUGUUCAGUCAAGGAUGCCCCAAAAUACAUUCAUGAGAUCAAAUUUCCCGCAAGCAGCGUGGAAUGUUAAUCCUGGCCAGCAGAUUGAAAAAGACCCGAAAAGAGAGGAACAAUUCAGUAGAAGGGUAUCGGCUCAAAGUCCUCGUUUAUCAGCAGGUGCUCCACCACAGUCCCCACUUUCAUCAAAGUCUGGUGAAUUUUCUACUGGUUCAAUGGGGAACCACUAUGGAGCAGUUGCAGCAGCUCAAAAGGACAAGGCUGUUACUUCUAUCCCUGCUAUUGGUACUACUCAGUCAGUGGGUUCUAGUCCUAAUGAUGCUAUGCAGCAAAGGCAACACCAACAAAUGACUGCAAAGCGGAGGACGAAUUCUCUUCCUAAGACACAAGUUAUGAGCACUGUUGGUUCUCCUGUUAGUGUCAACACUAGUCUCCCAGUUAAUGCAAGGAGCCCUUCGGUGGGAACCCAAAUUUUAGGCGAUCACGCAAUCCUCGACAGAUUCUCAAAGAUUGAACGAGUUGCUGCGAGGUACCAACUAAACUGCAAAAAGCAUAAGGUUGAUGAGUAUUCUCGAAGACCUCGCUCGUAUGCUCAACAGGCCCUACUGGUUUGCUUUUCAAACCUGUCUAACAAUGAGGAGUUCAAAGACGAGGACAGAGCAUUAUCAAAAUCCAUUCUUGGUGGCAGCAUGAAUACAUGCAAGACGAGAGUCAUGAACUUUCUUCGGGGACACCAUGUAAUGCAAGGUACUCCGUCUGCCUACGUCCAUAGAAUACAAACAAGACUGGUGAUGUCAGAGAAGCCCAUCGACGGGACAGUAGCAUGGUAUCAAGGAGACAUAGAUGAUGGUGAUGUUUUUCCGGCUGAAGAUCAUCUCUUAGCGUUGCCCAGUACACAUGUCGCCGAUCUACUUGCUGCUCAAUUUAAAUCACUGAUGGCCAAAGAAGGAUACCAAAUGGAAGAAUAUAUUCAGGCAAAGCCAAAUCGUGGGGAUGCUGGCCCAGGCAGCAGCCAACAGAAUCCCGCGGUUGGUUUCCCAAGAGGCAACUCUGCAAAUGAAAUGCAACAGUAUGGCGAUGCAGUUGCAGGACAAGCAGCGUCCAUUGAGGCAUCGAAACAAGGGAACGCUGGAAAUCCGCCUAUGAACUCAGCCCAGAAUAUUCACGCAAAUGCAAGGAUGCUUCCUCCGGCGAAUUCUCAAGCCUUGCAAAUGUCUCAAGGACUGCUCUCCGGUAUCUCCAUGCCUAUGCAACAACAACAACAACAACAACAACAACAACAGCUUGACCCACAACAGUCAGCGCUACUGUCAUCACAGCUACAACAGAAAAAUCAACAGUCCAUGUUUACUCAGCAGCAUCCUCAAAUGCAGAGAGCAUCUAUGCUACUGCCUAAUAAUCCGCUAUCAGGUAUCAACUCGAUGAGCCAGAGCUCUGGUAUGCAGCUUGGUGGUCAGAUGGGAAACAAGCACUCGCCUCACCAACUGCAGAUGCUACAGCAUCAGCAGCAGGCGGUGAUGCAGAGAAUGAUGGGGCUAGGAUCAGGUGUAGGCAUGAUGGGAAUGGGAAUGGGAAGCAUGGGCAACAGUAUCGCUGCGCUCGGAGCUUUCAACAACCAGUUGAACAUGGGAGGAAGAGGGAUCGGUGGAGCCGGAAUCUCAUCAUCAAUGUCUGUUCCUGGGAUCAGCAAUAUAGGACAGAAUCCAGCAUCGAAUCUGAAUGUGAUAAGCCAGCAAAUCCGAUCUGGUGCGUUGACACCGCACCAGAACGCCGUGUUUUCGAAUCUUAGGAUGGGCAUGGCGAACCGAGGAGGUGUGAUGGGUGCUCCUCAAGGCGGGAUAAGUGGCGUGUCAGGUGCUAGACAGAUGCACCCGAGCUCGGCUGGUCUUUCCAUGAUGGAUCAGAGCACGUUAAACCGAGCUGCUAAUCUCCAGCGAGUUGCUGCUUUGGGUAACAUGGGACCGCCUAAGCUCAUGCCUGGAAUGAAUCUUUACAUGAAUCAACAGCAACUCCAGCAGCAGCAGCAGCAACCCCAACAACAACAGUUGCAGCAACAGCAGCAGCAGCAACAGUUACAACAGCCUAUGUCGCAGCCACUUCAGCAGCUAGUUCAGUCUCAGCAGCAGCUACAACAACAUGAGCUGCCUCAACAACCACAGCAACAGGCAGCAGCCUCUCCGCUUCAGUCUGUGCUAUCACCACCUCAAGUGAGUUCACCGUCGGCGGGAAUUACUCAGCAGCCAAGUCCCCAGCAAAUGAGCCAGAGAACGCCAAUGAGUCCACAGCAGAUGAGCCAGAGAACUCCGAUGAGUCCUCAGAUAAGCUCGGGUACGAUGCAUCCGAUGAGCACCAGCAACGUCGAGGCAUGUCCAGCGAGUCCACAGCUAAGUUCUCAGACGCAUGGAUCUGUUGGUAGCAUUGCCAAUUCUCCAAUGGAGCUUCAAGGUCCUAAAAACAACUCUGCUGGUAAAAAUCCUUAG